GUUGCAAACCAAAAAAAAUGUGGAUUUUACAUAGACAUGGUACCAGAUUACCAACAACAAAAACAAUUAAAGCAGCACCGCGACUAGACAUAUUGCGUGACGAAAUUGUGAAAAAUUAUCGCGUUCGCCGAACAAGGCCGGACACUAAUGCGCUCUGUCAAGAGGACCUAAUAUUUUUGGGAAUGUGGAAAUGGAAUAACAGUAUUACAGUAGAUCAAGAAGAAUAUUUGACCUCACAGGGUUACGAAGAUCUAAAAGGGACUGCGAAAACUUAUCAAAGGUAUUAUGGUGAUAUUUUGACCAAGAAUUAUAACAACACAUACUACAAGUUUCGCCACACGAACACACAGCGCACUACAGAAAGUUUCAAGGCUUUCGUUGAGGGUCUUUUUGGCCAAAAUAACAACGUACAGCCGGAGCCAAUCCCUGAACAAGACCUUCUUUUGCGGCCUUAUGACUAUUGUGAAUCAUGGCGAGCACAUGACUACAGUUCUGAAAGCUAUAAAUUUAAACACUCCGCCAUCUGGAAUAAAACCACUGCGGAUAUCUCAAAACGAUUGGGCUUCCAAUACUCCCUUGAGUCCAUGGACGUUGAACUGAUGUGGGACAUGUGUCGUUAUGAACAGGCGUGGCAUGUUGAUCGUACUAGUGUGUGGUGCUCCGUAAGUAAAAUUUAGCUUAUGUUAGGGUUGCCAGAUUUUUUA